AUGGCGUCGCGAUACUCUCCGAAGAGGCUCGACGAGCUUCCGGACGAGAUACUGCUGCGCGUCCUGUCUUUUCUCGAGCCUCACGACUUCCCCGGCCUACAGCUCGUCUGCCGAAAGCUGCAAAAGAUCUCCCUCGAUAACAGCCACUGGCGAUCACGGACAUUCGACGAGUCGCCGUUUCUGGAGUCCAUUCAGCGUCGCCGCCGCCUAUCCCGCAUCGUCGACGACGACGUCAUUGACGAGCCUCUUCUGAGCGCUGCCGUGCAUCUGAGCCAAGAGCAGAGCGGUACGGAACCGCCACAGCACUUUUACGAUGAAGAGACGGGGGAACAGCGCAGGCAGAGGGAUAUGGCCAACUGGGACCCUUCGUUUCCGACUGAGCCGGUCUUCUGGUACAACGAGUACAUCCAGCGAUAUGCGCCCAUUGCGACGAGCUGGCUGCAGCAGCCGAGGAUUCGGGACGGAAACGAAGAGGAUACGCUAGACGUCAGGGGGAUGGCCCUCUACAGCCCGAACCAAAGCAGCAACGAACUGCUGGCUGUAUCGCCACUGGACGAUGGGUCCAUGUGCAUUUGGGACUUGAAGGGGUCUCGCGGGCGCAAGGGGGCCAUGGUCGGGAAAAGCCAUGAUGGGGUGCUCUAUCUCGACGGACCACAGACCAUGGGACGGUCUAGGAAGAUUGACACUGGGGUGACGGAGUGCAUCGCUGUGGACGACUUCUCCGGCAGGGCUUUCGUUGCUGUCCAAGGACAUCUGCGGGAGGUCGAUCUGAAUCGUCUCGAAGUCGCGUCGGAGCAGUCGUUCGAGUGGUCCAUCACAGCCCUAUCUCCUGCCGCUCCUGGCUUGCCACUGACCGUUGGGACAUCACUAGGGAUUCAUCUUUUCGAUUACAGGGCCAGGGUGAGGACGCCGAGGGACAUCGUCGAGAAGAUUGAUGUGCUAGCGGUAAAUUCUCCGGAUGAGUCGCCCUUCGAUUCGGAUCCGCUACCGGUGUAUGCGCCCCUGUCUCAACCCACGCCUCUGAGCAUCCUGCAUCUGCCGAACCCGAACGACGAGCAUUCCUUUUCAGAUGACAUUUACGUCGCAGGGCGUUUUUCCAAUAUCCUCCACUACGAUCGACGCACGUUCCCGUCGAUUGUAGGAUCGAUUCACUCCGGGGCCAGGCUUUCAAGUCUUGCGUCUUUGCCUUAUCCUUUCUCAACGAUGGAUAGCGAGAUACGUCGAAAGGCGGAGCUGUCUUUGGAGCAAGUCCUGGACUCCAAGAUGAAGGCCGGCGGUCGUACUCUCAUCGCCGCAGGCGAAUACAAUACCAAAGGAUCGUUGGAGUUGUACGGCUUGUGCCCGCCGCAAGGAAACUCCUCCGCAGCUCUCAUGCAGAACUCUACCAUGAAGAACCGGCAGACGUCUUCUCAGUCCAAGAUCCUAUCGGUGACGAAUCAGGGCACCCGGAUCGUCUUUUCUGACGGUUCUGGCCUUUUGAAGUGGUUUGAACGAGAUGGUUUCACCGAGGUACGGCGGCAUAAGAUCGGCCAUAGCGAAGUCUCGGAACGGCCGUCCUUGUUCGCGUCGAUGCCGGGCUCAGACGAUCUUGCCAGAAAGAUCUUAUCGACACAAACACGCACCGGAGUGGACAAUGUCAACGAUGAUGACAUCUUGUUCUGGACCGGUGAGAAGCUCGGCCUCGUCAGCUUCUCGAGCAAGCCUGGGUUCCAAGCAGACGAUUUUGAAGAAGAGAGACAACUGUCGGAAGAAGAGGCGAGGGUUGAAGAGGCAGAAAAACAGUAUAACGAAAAGAUGAGGAUAGCGCUCGAACGCCAAGCGGACGACGUUAGGAUCGUGAGGGGUCUGGGACUGGGGCUCCCGGGAUAA